UGUUAUUUUCCAUUGCGAUUUGCGACAAGCAAUUCACAUGCGAUUUUUGUUAUGUAAUUUCGAGACUAUUUUUGUAACAAGAAUUUUGCGAUUCGCGCAGUUCAAGAGUUGAAAUUGAUUAUCUAAAAUUAAUCACGUUUUGAAAGCCUGGUCCGUCAUUGCCACGCCUUUAGAUGCCAAAUUCGAGUCCAAAGUGCGCAGCGCACUAAAAAGUGAUUCAAGUCGGCCAAUGUCAAUUAUGGUUUGAGCAUAAAAUAUUAUUUGAAUAAGUGGAGUGUCUCCUUAAAGCUAAAAAAUGUGGGCAAGGACAAGGGUUCCGUUACGUAAGCUGUCAGGCCCUUUGCUGGUCAAAAGGUCAUGUCACCCUGUGCAGCAGACGAGCGCCAAACCUGCGGGACGAAAGGGCAAGAUUGCCGUGGCAGUGAUCGGGGUUGGCGUCGUCGGCUGCACAACUUAUUACCAGACCCUGGAAGAGCAGCAGAAAAGGACGGUCAGGGUCGCCUUUGGAGGAAUUGGAAGGUUCCUCAGGUCUUUGAGGGUUGGUAUGGCGAUUUCGAUUGACUAUUGGUGGACGACGUUUGGCGUGGACGAAGAUGACCAUAAAUACCAGCUGGUGAUGGAAGGGGCGCACGAAAGGUCUGCCAAAAGACUGCUGGAGGGUUGUUUGGGCAACGGAGGUCUCUACAUCAAAUUGGGCCAGGGCCUUGUCUCCCUGAACCACAUUUUACCUCCACAGUACAUCAAUACGUUAAAAGUUCUUCAAGACCAAUGUUUAAUGAGAGGAGUGGGAGAAGUUCGGCAGCUUUUCGAAGAAGACUUUGGCAAGUCGCACAAAGAGGUUUUCAAGUCUUUCGACGAGGAUCCCAUUGCCGCUGCUAGUCUAGCCCAAGUGUUCAAGGCCGUCACUCGAGACGACAAAGUUGUAGCCGUCAAAGUGCAGUACAUCGACCUGCAGGAGAGAUUCCACGGAGACUUAACCACAAUCAGCAUCCUGCUCAAACUGAUCGGCUGGAUGCACCCAAAGUUCGACCUGCACUGGGUCUUAGAUGAGUUAAAAGGAACGUUGCAGCAGGAGCUGGACUUCUUGCACGAGGGAAAGAAUUCUGAACGGUGUGCCAAGGACCUGAAACAUUUGCCUUUUGUGUAUGUUCCUAAAGUUCACUGGGACCUCAGCACAUCUAGAGUGCUCACCAUGGAGUUUUGUGAAGGUGCCAAAAUUAGUGACAGAAGCGCCCUUGAGACGCUUGGGCUUGAUCUUGCCGACGUAGAUAGGAAAAUGAUCCACGCUUUCGCUGAGCAAAUUUUCCACACUGGUUUUGUGCACGCUGACCCCCACCCGGGAAACAUUCUAGUAAGAAAAGCAAAAGAUAACAAGGCUGAGUUGGUGCUUCUUGACCACGGUCUCUACCAAGAGCUGCCACAAAAAGUGAGAAAGUCCCUGGGCAACAUGUGGCGCUGCAUUGUGAUGAGGGACUACGGAGGAAUGAAAACCUUCGCCACUCAACUUGGAGUCAAUGAAUCUGACUAUCGGCUAUUUUGCAUAGCGGUCGUCCAGCGUUAUAUUCCGCCUAACAAAAAAGAGGAAGACAUUCUCUCACUUUUCUUUGACAGCAAGGGCAGCCAACUGAUCACACACGCCAUGUUGAGAAAACUUCCCGCAGACACCCGAGAACGGGCGCGCCAAGAAAUGAUCAAACUGCACGACAAGAUUCUCGAAAUGUAUCGAGGAAUUCCCCCAAAGCUGAUGCUCAUAUUUAGAAACAUCAAUACCAUCCGAUCAAUCGCCAGGGAGCAUGGAGAUCCUGUGGACAGGUACACCCUGAUGGCCAGGUCUGCCUCUCAAGGCGCGUUUAAGUCAGACCACCCAAAAGUCACCCAAAGGUUCAGAGGUCUACUUAUGAGAUGCAAUUUUGAAAUUCACCUCUGGGUCGAGGCAAUGAAAGUGUCCUUAAUUCGUUUUAUGGUUCGUGUUUUGACUCUCUUUGGAAGAACGGAGUUGAAAGCAUUAUUAACAGAACUUCAGUGAUUUGAUUACAAUUCCGCGACUGUGAACUGUAGAUUGCUUGUUUCUUAGAUGAUUAUUCGGUUGUGCCUAGAAAAUAUUAUUUCGGAAGACAUGAAAUUGCAAAAUGUGACCAAAUAUUUUAAGCGGUGCAAAUAAAUACGUCUGUUGUGAUAUUUAUGCUACUUAA